AUGGAUAAGAAGAGUAAAAAGAAAACUGUCAUAAAACGGAAAAGUGAGGACCCUUCCGAGAGCGAGAAGAAAAAAAUCAUGGUUAACAGAAAAGCCGAAGAGGAGAAAGAAAAAAUUGAGGUGGUGAAUCAAGUGGUGGAGGUACCCGUGGAGCAGGGGCAACAGAUCGUGCACACAGGCCAACUGGUCGAGGGGAACUUCGAGCAACCGGUGUUUGUAAAUAUGAAAGGGGAGCCCGUGCAGUUGGGCCCUAACACGGUUAUAUUGUACGAGCAAAGCGGGAAUCCGUCGAAUUUCGCCUUCGGCGGCAUGUGGACCAUGGACUCCUCCGGCAGGAUCGUUAUGGCGGAGACGAUUUACGACGUGAAGGGUGAACCCGACGAAGAAGCCGGCACGUUCGUACAGAACGCCACCGAAGUCAGCAAUCAAGCAGUAGAAGAGCAAACUAGUACAUAUCAGCAGUACGAACUUAGCAGCAAUGCUCAAGUUGAAGGCCAAGAAUAUGAGGUGGCGAUCAUUGAAAAUCCAAGUGAUGCAAAUGAAAGGAGCACGGAGAACCAGGUGAUAUCAACUGAAGCACAGCUGGUGGCCACAGGCCCUGGCGCAGUUCGCUGGCUGAACCAGAAAUACGAUUUUGUCGUGAGGAAGCUGCAACUGAACUAUGAUGCUGGUGUGAAGCUGAUGUAUUCCCUCUCCGGGUGUAUCCAGUGCGUGUACUUAACAACUCCCAGCAUGCAGCUGGCUUUCAAUGCGGUGCCUCAGUUUCUCUGCAUUGAAACCGGAAUAGAGUUCAACAGCAGUAUGUCGACCGUGAACGGCUCGGGAACGUCGAGUAUCAAGCACAACGUGACCCUGUUCCUCGCUGAGGAUGGCAACGGGAAGUCCGUCAUCGUCAGCGCAGGCAUAUCCACCCUCAUCGGGGAGGACCUCACUUGGCUCCUGGAGACGUUCAAGUCUUGCAACCCGGCGUGGCGGCAGGUGCGGUGCGUCGUGUGCGACCCCACAAAAUCUCAGCAGGAGGUGCGCUCGGCGUUCCCGAGCGCGCACGUGACGUGCAGCGUGUGGCAGGCGGCGAGCGCGGCGGCGCGGCUCUGCGCCGACGGGGCGGAGGGGGGGCGCGCCGCGGACGCCCCCCUCUCGGCCGCCCCCGCCAACGCCGCGCCCCCUCCGCCCCCCGCGCACGACGAGAUGGCGGCGCGCUGCAAGACGUACGCGCUGGCGCUGCUGCGCGGCGACCACACGCCUGCGCAGCUGCAGGUGCUGAAGCGCGGUAUUAUCGGUACGGGGGCGGGCACGCUGCGGAUGUGGGAGGCCCUCACCAGGCCAGGGGGCGCCAUCAGCAAGCUGGACUCUUGGCUGGAGGCGGACAACUACACCAACAUACUUCACAAGGGUCUGGAACGGCUGGUGGCUAAGUUCCAGAACAUGGUGCGCAACCAGAUGCAGCCUGACGAGUUCGUGUCCCUAUUCUUCAAUGUUGCCAACCAGCUGGAGGACGAGAGGAGGAGUUUCGCCAUUGGAAGGCUGCGGGAUAUGGAGACGAUGAAGCAGUCGCCCACGGACACCAUAACGCAGUACGCGUACAACCUGAUGAGCCACCAGACCAAGUUGGCGCAGCGCUGUCUCGACGACAGGACCAGCAGGAGGCACAGCAGCGCGGCGAUCUGCAAGUACGGUACCUCAACGCAGGAGUGCUCCUGCCUCUUCAGCAAGGUGUUCCGGCUGCCGUGCCGGCACAUCCUCAUGCUGACCACGGAGCUCAAGGUGAAGACGCAUAUCCCGUUCGAGCCCCGCUGGACGGUGCAGUACUGCCUGUUCGGCUGUGACAGCACCCUUGGCACCACCACCACUACCACCAACACGACCGGUCGGCGGUGUGAGACAACAGCAGUACGUACUGGCCACUCCAGGGCAAGCAGCAACACCGGUUUCACAGGUGAUAUUCUGCGGUGGGGGCGUAGGAAGCGUCGGUGGAGUAGGGGGCGCCGCCCCUGUCAUCACGUCUGUCCUACCGCCUGGAGGGGCUGUUCUCACCCCUCACCACACGCUGCAUCAGUGAGAACAAAAUGGCAGCAGGAUGUUGAAGACGAUACUCAAGCA